CCUACUUCCUCUUCUUCUUCCUUCUUCUCCUCCUCCUCCAUGUAGAACCUUCUAAAUCCCUAGCUCUGUACCUUUAGGCGCUUACACUGUUCUUCAUACACAUGUAGAAACGUCUUCUUGAUUCGUCUUUGCCUCAUCGAAUAGAAGGAAUCGACUCAUUUUAUAUCCGGUGAACUGCAAUUCUAGCUUCUCUUCAUCCUCAAACGAUGAGGCCUCCUGGAAAUUCCUUUCCUCGCCAAUUCCGUCCGAAAGCUCCUCCUCCACUUACUCAACAGCGGCAGGGGUUCCAAUCGAAUCCUUCACUACAUAAUUCAUCCGGGAUGUUGCAAAAUUCCAUGCCAAUUCCAUUCGGCAAUGCAAACUUGUUUCCAUUUGUCAAUCAAGCUGGGUUCUUGAAUGCUCUUCAACCAAACAACCAUCUGGGUGUUCCCCAAUUCGGUUCCAUGCUUACCAACGUGGGGUUUGUACCACAAUUUGGUCUUCCGGGUAUGAACAAUGUUUCUGCGUUUCCCCAGGUUCAGGGCCAGUUUAGUAAUCCAAUGCAGAAUGGGAACCAACUGAACCCUUCUCAAUUACAGGGCCAAUUUAUACCAAAUUUGUUGAAUUUGGCUCAACAACUUAAUCAAAACAUGGGUGGGCAGCAACUCUUUUUCCAGAAUCCAAUGCCAACCCAAAUUCCUAACCAUUCUCAAUUUAUUCCUCCUUAUGUCAUCCCUUCAUGCACUACUCAAGCAAUGGGAUGCCCAAAUCCGAAUCUUCUUGCAAAUAUGCAGUCUAAUCAGGGUGAACAAGGUAACCAGAAUAAGCAAAAUGUAGCAGAUAUUAAUGGACAAAAGGUGCUGUCCGUGGCUAUUUCACACGUUCAAGAAAUCUCAUCUUCAACAAAUUCUGCUCUGGUUCAACCGUGGCAAAAUCAAAACUUGCAGCCUUCAAUUUUCAUGUCACAGGGAAAUCUUGCAAAAAGUGGUCAGAGUUUUAAGAAUCUUCAAGGGAAAAACACCGGAAGAAAGGCUUCACAAUGGAGAUCCCAAAAGUCUCAGUUUCAUAAAGUGGAUGAUGGCAAGAGAAAGAGUAGAUUUGGAAGUGAGCACAGUGAAAAAGUAGCAGGGCAGGGCAAUGAGAGGGCAGUAAAAUAUCCUCGCACUGAUUCUGCAAAGCCUGAUAGAGAACAGAGAAGAUCUCUUGCUUUGAUAUAUACGGAGAAUGAAAUUCAACAGUGGCGUGAAGAACGUAAGAAGAAUUACCCAUCAAAAGCUAACAUAGAAAAGAAGCUGAGUGGAAAGCUAACUGACCCUGAGGUUGCAAAAAUCAGGCGUGAGCAACUCAAGGAGGUCUUGGCAAAGCAGGCUGAAUUGGGAGUUGAAGUUGCAGAAAUACCAUCAUCCUAUCUGUCAGAUUCAGAGAAAAGGGUCCAUGGAGAAGAGAGGGAUACAGGGGGGAGAUUUCAAAGGAGGAACAACAGAAGAGGAAGAUUUGAUAAGAAGAGCCAGUUUGUCAAGAAACAAAGGUUAACUGACCAGGACUCACUUAACGUCCCUUCUUUCAACCAGAGGAAGCCAACACUUCUAGAGAAGCUACUCAGUGCAGAUAUAAGGAAAGAUAAAAGCCGUUUGUUGCAGGUUUUCAGGUUCAUGGUGAUGAAUUCUUUCUUCAAAGAUUGGCCAGAAAAGUCAUUGAAAUUUCCUUUGGUGGUUGUUAAAGAAAGUGGGUAUGAGGGUGAUAAAGUUGAAGAGAAAUCCAACACUACAGUUGAAAAUAUUUCUAAGCAUAGUGAUAGUGGGAAGGAUGAAGCUGAUGAUCACAAUGGUGAUGGUAACGAUGAUAAUGACAUUAACAGCAACGAGGAUGAUGACUACAAGGAAGAACAUGACACACAUGCAAACCAAGCGACUGUGUUUGUUAAGGAGAAAGCAACGAUCCAGGUAAUAGAGAGGGAUGAUGAAGAAGAAGGAGAAAUUAUUGACUAAGAAUGCCUUCAUUGGAUGAUGAUGACAAAGAACAUAAGGGGCAAGCUAGCCGAGUGACUAGGAAUCUAGCUUUGCUUCUCAUCCAUCUCUUUUUGUUCUGCAUAGCGCAUUUCUGUAAAUUCUGCCCUGGAACAUAUUUUGAAUCCUAAAAUAUUGAUCAGCAGAAAUGAGAAUCAAGAGUUGAGUUCAAA